CAAAAUCCCGAAUGCUGCUGACUCGAGGACUGAGCGCAGCAGACCGAAGCGGACGCGAUGGCAGCGGUGGAGUAGAGCCGAGAGCCAAGAGCGAGAGCGCGAAAUAGACAGACAGACAGGAAAAGAGCGAGAACGGGAGAGAGGGAGUGAGAGAGAGAGAGAGAGGGAAGGGAAGGGAAGGGAAGGGAACCCGGGCGCAUGGUGAGGGAGAUGGUGAUGGAGAUGAGGAGGAGGAGGAGGAAGAGGAGAUGAUGAUGAUAGAGGUCGGUCAUCGUUAGACACCUACACCAGAAAUCAGUGACACAAUCUCGCCAGAUUUCCAGAGCCUGGCAAGGUCCAGAAUAUGAUGAUGGCCAGGGAGUCUCGUGUGGGGCGCGGAUCAGGCGGCUCGGGAGAUAGAUCUGGUGCCGAAAUGUUUCGCCAGGAAAAGAGCGAGAAAAUGAUCUAGACACUUAUUCCUGUAACCCGGAGGAUGUUGUACUCCCUUGAGCUGCGGACGAGUCCUGUUGUCGAUCCAUGCUGCUGCCUCCUCUGCAUGAGCCCCAGUAGCUGGAGUCCUCCCACAAGUGGCGAUCGUAUAUAUACUCUCGCCAUCGGGGCCUUGAGAAUGAGUAGUAAGUCGUACCAUCAUACGAAAAGAUCCACAGAUGGCGCCGAUGUGUCGAUCGACCACUUCGAGCUGCUGCUGAGCUGAGCUGAGCCGAGCUGAGCUAGUCAUACUAUAUUCUGUAGAACUCCCCUCUGUGAAAGCCUCGCGUCUUCUCAGACCCACAGGCCUUCCGGGCGAUUUUGAUCUUCCCGGAGAGGACGGGCAUUUAUUUCAGGCUUGCGUUUAUGAUAACCGAAACGGAGGCGAAAUUUGUGUCCUCAGUCGAGAGCUGGCCUGCAUUACUCCAUGGGUCUUUCAUCCAGCAAAGCGGACCACAGCGCCGGUGUGAUUCCGGAGUCCUCCGGCCAAGAAGUACCGUCGCCAGCUCCCUCGUUCACAAAGAUCAACGAGUCGGUGUUUGAGCUGCACGCGGAAGAGAAGCCGAAUGUGGAGAUAGUGUUCUUUCAUGGUCUGCAGUUCACGGUGGAGGACCUGAAGGACGCGUACUGGAGAUCGUUCACAUACAAGUCGGGCGUAGGAUGCUGGCCCAUGGCCUUGCUGCCGGACUCGCUGGCGCAGCUGGGCUACAAGGCGCGAGUUCUGACCGUGUGCUACGACAUGAGCGCCACGAAGCACCACAGGAAGGGCCGCAUAGAUAUAUACAACCUAGCGGAUCAAUUAGUAGAAGCUCUGAUCACGAACGCCAGAUCCACUGCGUAUAUCGGCCAGAAAGGGGUGCCGGUGAUUCUCGUGGGCCACAGCCUGGGCGGCAUCCUGAUCAAGCAGCUGAUCGCGCACGUCGAUGUCGAGGCCCGCGAGAAGUUGAAGCAGCCCAGGCACCGAAUGCUGCAGAGCUUUCUGGGCAACCUCAAGGGCGUGUUCUACAUGUCCACCCCUCACCAUGGCACGCAGCUGGCCCGAUGGGACAAGUUGUUUCCAGAGAAGAGCGUCAAAAGAGCUCCUGUGCUUGGACUUCUGGAGGUCUUGAGCAAAGACGCGUCCAGGCUCAACAAAGUCAUGGCUUUACUGAUUAAGAAGCACGACAUCAGAAUCGCUCAAGUCAUCGAGACCGAGAAAACCGAUCUGGUAUACUUCAACGACAUAGUGGUGAAGGAAUCGACCGUAGGGAUGUACGCGGAGGCGAGCACUCCGGUGCCGGACAAUCACAUCACGAUCUGUAGACCGGAGAGUGCGCAGUCGGCGACGUUUCAGCUCUUGCUGUCGUUCAUUCAAAACAUCAUGGCCGAUCAAAACGCGCUCACGAAGAAGUUGGAGAUGUUCAAGAGCUCGUUCAAAAUUCCGCAAUGAAGAAGAUGUGCGAUUGAAAACUUUCCUUGUGUUGUUGUACUAGUGUGUAUAGACUGCACGGCCUCGAGGAGCCCAUCGCUGUACAUAGUGUCACGGAGAGGCCCCAAAAUUUACCAUGUUUUGACGACAAAAACAGAGAAUGUGAAUUUGUAAAUGUAGUUCAUAUCGACAGACAGACAGGACCCGGACUCGAUUCCUCUUGAAUCUUUCCUACCGACCUAUAGAAGCGAACAGAUGUAGAUUCAUCUCGUUGAGUCUGUUGCAGAUUGUAAAGCUACCUGGCUCUUGAUAGCUCCAGCUGCUGAGCGGAUACUAAUCACCGCCCCAGCUAGUAGAUAUUUUUGAUUCGCUUGUGAGAGAAGCUGGAGAUUCAGAUCUCCGAAAGUCCAUAUUGUAAACCUCGAUACUGAGAGACAAAACUAUUAAUCCCUAUUGGGAAUGCGUUAAAGGUCAUUCAUUCUGAUACC